CCUAACUAUAGGACAGAUCAUAAGCUCUUAGAGUCUAGGGGGAGGAAGCAAGAGGAGGAAACUUUUUAUAAUUUUUUUUUUUUGGUGAUUUUUCUCCCCCCUCUCCACAUUAUUGUAACCGGUGUGGGCUGUAAGGAUACAGAUGAGAACCAUGAAUUACAGGAACACUGAAACGAACUAGACUGCUGGCUUCAAGAAAUGUCAGGCUUCCACCAAGAACUGAAAUGACGAAACAGUAUUAAUUGAAGAGGAUCGAUGCUGAUCGGACUGCGAAACGGGGACGUAGGGAUUACCAUGGUGACACUAAUUACAGAGAAGCUGCAAAACCAAAGCUUGGACGAUCUCUCAUGCAAAACAUAUAAUAUUAAUCUGCGCUCAUCUGAGAAGCUGAACAGUGAAGGCAGCUUGUUCCCUUACGAAAUCAAUGAGGACAGCCACUGGAAAAUGAUUGACAGGGCUUGUCCAAUCAGGACUGAACUGAACAAGAACUCAAUCUUCACCUUUCCCAUGUGCCCCUUCAGCCCCGGCACUCCUAGCAAUUUUAAUCUGCAAUGGCAGAACGAAUCCUCCAAUCAGGCUUUGGUAUCUGGGUGGAUAAGUAAACUUAACCUCAACGAUAGCUUUGGCCAGCCACUGGCACCCCCUACGAAAAGACACUGCAGGUCAUUGUCUGAGCCAGAUGAACUGUCUCGCUGUCGGUCCCCCUGGAAGCCUGGCAGCUCCAAGGUCUGGACGCCCGUGUCGAAGAGGCGAUGCAACAGCGGUGGCAGUGCCACCUUGCAGCGCUGCAAUAGCCACGGCAGCACCACCCUACAGAGAAGCACAAGUAUCAGCCUGCCACAAAACGCCACAGCUCUUAAUAACAAUAUAUUCACAAUUCCCACCUGCAACACGUCUCCCGUUCCCAGGCCAUCCUCUGCUAGCAGCGGCUUUGUGGACAGCAGCGAAGGAAGCACAAGCUCCAGCCUACGUUGGCGCUCCGGUGGCCCUUGCGAAUUCAAUCCAAGGAGGCGCCUUUCCUUGUCUCAGGAGCACAUCACCGAAACCAGAGAUCUCUUACCUUCAGCCAACAGCACUCCCACUUCUACUCCGGAGCUGAAACGGCGCCAGGGUUUGCUGCGGUGCCGCUCCCAGCCAUGUGUGUUAAAUGAGAGGAAAACACGACUAAAACGCAGGCGUGAUGAAGAUGUCCGGUGGAAUCGGCCUUCGAUAGAUUUUUUAAAAAUGACGCGGACUUACAAAAGCCUUUGCUCACUGGACUAUGAAGAUGAAGAAGAUCCCCACCUUAAGACCAUUGUCUCCUCUCCAUGCGAUUCCAAUGACCACAUGAAUAUUAUCACUCCAGGCUCCAGCCCGGUGAAGGAGUUCACGGGUGAGAGGACCUGCUAUGCCACCCGUUCAAGGGAUUUUAAGAGGGAAACCACUGUGAGCGAAAGUGAGGAAGACCUAAGUGACUGUGAGAGCUCUACCUAUACUACAGACUGUGCUGAUUUGGAUCUGGAACAAAUCGAGAAUAACUGAGUUUCGAUGCCUCUGUAGGAUAUAACGUCCACCCGUUAUAUGGUAGCUGCAUACCAGACGCCACCGCGGCGAACCUCUACGUGGAAGGCAUUGUGUGUAGUCGCCUGUUUAGCUAAUGAAAUGGACAAAACAAAGACUGAUCGUUAAAUUGUUUCCAGCUGGCAGUAUCCGCUGAGCGGCCUAGUAUGUGGGGCUUAGAUGUACAUGUACUACAUAGGUUUCCUAUGGGGGCAGUAAACCCUGUAUGGAAAUGCUGACAGAGUGCCUAAAUAUUUUUCUCUUUGCUAUAUAAAAAUUCAUAGUCGAGAGAGGACUACUAUAUUAAGCUAUUUUUUUGUUUUUUUUGUAAACUAUGCCACCUUCAAUUUUUUUCUGCAGGGUGUGUUUGUCUCAGCGAGUACAAUUUGUUUACUUUCGUGAAUGUCGCACAUACUAGGCUGCUAAACCGAAAAAACUAAAAAAAACUAUAUACAAGUCAGGAGUUUCGAGGAGACCUUUAUAAAAAAAAGGAAAAAAAAGAAAAAAGUAUUAAAAAAUAAAAAAAUAUUUUUGGCAUUUCUACGGCUUUUACAGUUCAGGAAAAGAAAAGCAUCUCUAUUUUGAAAUUAACUUUUCAGAAGGGCAUUGUAUAAAGUUAGUCUAUCUGCCGUGAUUUUGGCGCAGGUAUAAGUUCUAUUUUUGUUGUAAAGAGCUUAAAGUUAUAAAAAAAAGAGACCUAUUUGACUACAUGAAUGACUCGAAUGUGUAUUGUUCGCGACUGGUCCAAAAUACCAAAUCAACCACUCUGGGUUUUUAUUAGAGCGAGUGGUUACAAAACUACGUGUACAAAUGUUGUAAUACGUAUUGCUCCAUAUGUACUAGUGACCUUUAAGGUUGAGUGGGGGGGUGAAAGAUCCCGUAAAUUCGUUACUUGAAAUGUUUUUUUUUUCUAUCUUGAACAAAGCAAUCAUAAUUUACAUAAUACGCAUCUAAGAGUGCGAGUAGUUACACGCCUUGUUGGUCAUUAUUACGUUUUGGAAUUUCUUUUUUCUACUGUUCAAAAGAAUGUAUCGCAGCACUUGAACUUUAGACAGGGACUUUGUAAAGUAACGAUCAAUUCCACGGGAGGCGGCAAUCCCCCUCAGCAAUAGAAGGAGACUUGUCCUUGAAUAAAAAAAAUCAAUUUGCUUUGCA